AUGAUGGUAUGGUCUAGCUAGGUAGCAAGUUGAUCUGCUUAUAUAUACAUAUGAGGUUUGAAUAAGAGGCAAGUAGAAACAAAAAUGUACCAUGGGUUCUGUGCGUGCUACUGAGCCCAGUGUUUACUAAGACUAUAGCUCAAGCGUUCUCUCUCUCUGCUAUUAUUUUGCUUUCACUAUAUGAUGGAGGACCGAACAUGUUAGACAUCUCAUAUGCACUGCCAUGGCGGAUAUCAAUGAUGGGGAGAAAAGUACUGCACCCACCACCACUGCCAACAUGUCCUCUAAGAAGAAGGAGCUUCUCACUUCAGCCUUGAAGAGAACCAGUGAAUGGAUUUUUUCUCAGGAGAUUCCCAGUGAUGUUAGCGUUCGCGUUGGAGAAGUUUCCUUCUCAUUACACAAGUUUCCUUUAGUUUCAAAGUGUGGAUACAUUAGGAAACUGGUGUCUGAAUCUACUGAUGAUGAAAUAUCUGUCAUUGAACUGCCUGAUGUUCCGGGAGGAGCAGAAGCAUUUGAGCUUGCAGCUAAAUUCUGCUAUGGAAUAAAUUUUGAGAUAAGCACAGAAAACAUUGCAAUGCUUCGUUGCGUAUCAGAGUACCUUCUCAUGACUGAGGAGUAUGCAAUUGGAAACCUUGUGGGAAGAACUGAUGCAUACCUGAAUGAAGUGGCACUUAAAAGCCUUGCAGGUGCGGUUUCAGUUUUACACACUGCAGAAAGCUUCCUCCCAAUUGCGGAGAAAGUAAAGUUAGUGAGCCGAUGCAUUGAUGCAAUUGCUUACAUGACCUGCAAAGACAGCCAGUUCUGUUUGUCUGGUAGGAGUGAUAGUGGCAAUGAGAGUCUAAGUUCUUCAGCGGUGUAUCAAACAAAACCUAUUGUUGAUUGGUGGGCUGAAGAUUUAACUGUUCUUCGAAUUGAUACCUUCCAAAGAGCUCUGAUUGCAAUGAUGGCAAGAGGGUUUAAGCAAUAUGCUCUUGGACCUAUACUCAUGCUCUAUGCACAGAAAUCUCUAAGAGGUUUGGAAACAUUCGGCAAGGGAAGGAAAAAAAUCGAGCCACGACAAGAGCAUGAAAAGAGAGUUGUCUUGGAAACAAUUGUGAGUCUUCUGCCAAGGGAGAAGAAUACAAUGUCAGUUAGCUUUCUUUCUAUGCUGCUUCGUGCCGCAAAAAAUUUGGAAACAACAGUUGCUUGCCAGCUAGAUCUGGAAAAGAGAAUGGGAUUGCAAUUGGCUCAGGCUGUCUUGGAUGAUCUCUUGAUUCCCUCUUAUUCCUUUACUGGAGACACAUUGCUUGAUGUGGAUACUGUUCAAAGGAUCAUGAUGAAUUACCUAGAGUGUCAUAUGGAUAGGAACCAUUUGAGCUUCAAUGCAGAUGAUGAGUAUGCUUCUCCUCCACUAAGUGACUUGGAACGAGUGGGAAAGUUAAUGGAGAACUACCUUGCUGAAAUAGCAACUGAUCGGAACUUGUCCGUUUCCAAGUUCAUUGGCAUUGCUGAACUUAUUCCAGAACAGUCAAGGAUAACAGAAGAUGGGAUGUAUAGAGCAGUAGAUAUCUACCUAAAGGCACAUCCUGGUCUAAGCGAUAUGGAGAAAAAGAAAGUAUGUAGUGUGAUGGAUUGCCAGAAGCUCUCACGUGAGGCCUGUGCUCACGCCGCUCAGAAUGACCGGCUUCCUGUUCAAACAGUUGUCCAAGUGCUCUACUACGAGCAGCAGCGCCUUCGAGAUGUCAUGGAUGGUAGCCUCAUUGGUGGUGAAUCAUCUGUUCUUCCUUCUAAAGGAAAUAACUUGUACUCCACUGAUAUCCACCACCAUGUUCCCGAUGAGCUCUCCAUAUUGCGUAGACAGAAUGAGGAGCUGAAAAUGGAGUUGCUAAAGUUGAAAAUGAAGCUGAAAGAAAUUGAAACAUCUACAAUGAAGGCAACAACGAGCAGUCCAAUGGGAAACAUUUCAAUAUCUAGUGAUAAGCCUCCUCUGCCUCGAAAGUCAUUUAUCAACUCUGUUUCAAAAAGACUUGGGAAACUUUCUCCAUUCGGAGUGACACCUCAAAAUCCCAAAGCCCGUGCAAAACCUGCCAAAGAUCGGCGACAUUCAAUUUCUUGAUGCUAUUGCUUUGUCACUCAACACUAUCACAUUUUAUGAGGAUCCAGUUCCCUAGUUGCUUUCUUACAUUCAAUCUAUGUACUAUCUUUGUUCUUUUACCAUGUUUCUGCUUGUGUAAUGUCCUUGUAUAUAUCAAUGUCAGUAUGUCACCGUGUUAUCGAAUAAGAUUACAUAAUUCCAA